GUAGACCACUCCCUAGCCGCACUCUGUCGCCUCCGUCCUCUCUUGGUCUCUCCUCUGCGGCUGUGCCUCGCCAGUCGCCAGUCAGCGGUCGGUCCGUCACACCAGCUCGGCAGCACCGUCCCUGGGAAGAAGAACAACUGAACAAGACGUCAGACGAGGUGUACUUCUGGCCGUUCUUGAUGGACGAGUGGACGGCAGCUCUGUCCGGACCGUCUCUGGGAAGUAGAACAACAUAACAGCUCGGCAGCUCCGUCAGCGGUCAGUCCUUCAACCUUCGUUUGAACGAGACUUGGGUCUCUAAUAAUUAAUAAAGGAUUGUUUCUACGAUCUGGGAAAAGUGGGGACUCUUCGUUGAUUAAUAGGUCGUUCGUUUAAACCUGAGAAUUCUCAACAACAAGAGGCAGCGGAGAAGAACUAUAAUAAAUAAUUAUUAUAUUUGCCACUUCCCAUCCGUCGACCACCGCCAAACCCAAUAGCCGCAAAAAUUGGAAGGAGAUUCCAAUGCCCGAAGUGGAGCGUGCCGCUAAUAAGCAAUGCCAGUAGAACAUGACACCAUUUACACUCUCCCUUGAACUGAAGCGGACUAUACAAAACUUGAUGAUAGUGACCAGCCACCCUCUACUCUCUCACCAUCGAUCCUCCUCUUGCUUUCGCUCUCUUCCUCAACUUGCAUCUUCUUCUCACUUGGCUUUCCGCACUUCUUCCCCUACACUCUAUAUGGAAUCAGAAUCAUCAGCGCCUUCACUUUUGGUGUUAUGCGGGAAAUCUGCAGCUGAGAAUGAACUGGCCAAGUCAUUGAAGAAUAACAAUGCUAUGAAACUCCUUGGGGACGAUGAAGUCGAAGUUGUUUUGCAUCCGGAGGUCGAAGAUAGCCUCGGAAACGAAGGGUUUCACAUUAGAGAUUACUUUAAAUCCCUUUUGACGAUGAGCCUCGGGAGGUUCCUUGUUUACUCUCCUAGAUUGCCUUCAACACAGGACGUCGUUGCACGAAAUUUCUGUGAGCUGCCAGUUGGUGCAGCGUGCGUCGCUGAUGUGCAAUUCAAGGGGCGAGGUCGUUCAAUGAAUGUGUGGGAAUCACCAAAGGGUUCCCUUCUGUUUUCCUUUACCUUACAAAUGGAAGAUGGACGAAUGGUGCCACAUGUUCAGUAUGUAGUCAGUCUUGCCAUGACAGAUGCUAUUAAUGAUCUCUGCAAGCAAUGUGGUAUACCACAUCUUGAUGUAAGAAUAAAGUGGCCAAAUGAUUUAUAUUUAGGUGGCCUUAAAGUUGGUGGCAUUUUGUGCACUUCAACAUAUAAGUCACAAAAGUUUAAUAUCAGUGCUGGAAUAGGCAUAAAUGUAGAUAAUGAAAAGCCCACAACAUGCUUGAAUGCUGUUCUGCAGAAAUCAACUUCUGUUCCAAACAUAUUUAAAAGGGAAGAUAUUAUGGCAGCCUUUUUCAAUAAGUUUGAGACCUUCAUUGAUGUUUUCUUUAAUCAAGGAUUUCAGCCUCUUGAGGAGUUGUACUACAAGACUUGGCUCCACAGUGGACAGCGAGUUAUUGUACAGGAGAAAACUGAAAACCAGGAUCAGUUUGUAGAGAAUUUUGUGACCAUUCAGGGCUUAUCAUCCUCAGGUUACUUAUUAGCCAUAACUGAUGAUGGUCAAACAUGUGAACUUCAUCCCGAUGGCAACAGUUUUGACUUCUUCAAGGGGCUUGUGAGAAGGAAAUUAAGUAAAUAAAGAUCUUCUCUGUGUCCAUGAAUUUAGCCUUAUACCCUUACUGCUGAAUGAGAUCUAAUCUCCCUUAUCCUGGUUAAGCUUCAUCAAAGUUUUAUAAUUCGCUGAACAGUGGAAACAGAACUUCAAUAUUUGUAUUUUUUUUUAAUUUUUUUUUUGUGGGUUAGACUUUGUAGUCUAGUGACCUGUGAAUAUAGAUUAAACCCCACUCUCUCUUGGGAUGUACUAAAAAGAAUCUGAAUAUAUAUAUAUAUUAUGUAGCCAUGAGCAUGGUUAUUUUUUUGA